AUGAAGGCCGAAUGUGGAAGAAAAGAGGUGACCCAGGCAGUGGACACCAGCUCCGAGAUCACCAUCAAGCAUUUAAAGAAGAAGGAAGUUGUGGAGGAGGCAGAGAAUGGAAGAGAUGCACCUGCUAAUGGGAACACUAAUGAGGAAAAUGGGGAGCAGGAGGCUGACAAUGAGGUAGAUGAAGAAGAGGAAGAAGGAGGGGAGGAGGAGGAGGAGGAAGAGAAAGGUGAUGGUGAGGAAGAGAAUGGAGAUGAAGAUGAGGAGGCUGAGGCAGCUACAGGCAAACGGGCAGCUGAAGAUGAUGAGGAUGACAAUGUUGACACCAAGAAGCAGAAGACCGAUGAGGAUGACUAACAGCAAAAAAAGGAAAAGUUAAA